AGCACUUACCGCCAGCUGUCUAUAACUGCUGACCGCCUGACAUUGGCCAAGCACUGCAGUUUGGCUUUUGGAGCAUUGGCUCUGUUGCUUCGCUCUGGGAAGGCUCGAUGCAGCGGUGAGGGAGCUAGAGGCGAAAGAGGACGUUAUCAGGCGACGAUGAGAUCCCCACUCCCACUCUUUCACAAGGCCACCUUUUCGACGCUUGUCCGAGCCCAACGCGACACUGCGAUCACCUUCGACAACUACGCUGCCCUCCUCCGUCGAUGCGCCUCCGAGAGGUCCCUCCAAGAUGCCCACCGCAUCCACUGCCACAUGACCAUGUCCGGCAUCCCUCCACUCUCCCUCGGCAACAAGCUCAUCGAUGUCUACCUCAAAUGCGGCGCCAUUCACGACGCCCGCCAGGUGUUCGACGCAAUUCCCAAGCCGCACAUCGUUUCCUGGAACGCCAUGCUCUCUUCUUACGUUCGCUCACAGAGAAGCCACGAGGCCCUGAGUCUGUACAAGAGGAUGCUCGCGGAGGGCGUCGCGCCAGACGAGUUCACCUUCUCCACCGUUUACAAAGCCUUCACCGACCUUGACCUCGUGGCACUGGGCGCUGCGGCUCAUGCCCACCUGAUCGUAUCUGGUGUGGAUGCUACAAAUCCCUUCGUCGGCAGCUCCUUGGUCGAUAUGUACGCCAAGUCCGGAAGAUUGGCAGAUGCUAGAAUGGUGUACGAUAGAGUACACAAUAAAGAUGUUAUUUUGGCCACCGCUUUGGUUGUAGGCUAUAGCCACAACGGGGAGCACGGCGACGCAAUUAAGUUAUUUCAGGAGAUGAUUAAAGAACGUAUUUUUCCAAAUGACUUCACAUUUGCCAGUAUUCUGAUUGCAUGUGGGAAUAUGGAAGACUUGAGGAAGGGCCUAUACGUUCAUGGUGUCAUGGUGAAGAUGGGAUUCAAACUGGGUUGCUCUUCGCACACAUCGCUUCUUACAAUGUAUUCGAGGUGCGGACUGAUAGAUGAUGCACUGAAGGUGUUCCACACUGUCCCUAAUCCAAAUACCAUAACUUGGACUUCAAUAAUUGGAUGCUUGGUAUGUAACCACAGGGAAGAGGUUGCUCUUUCAAUGUUCGGUAACAUGCUUUCUCAGUCAUUUAGACCUAAUGCAUUCACUUUGUCAACAGCUUUGAGAGCAUGCUCUGCCCUAGCACUAUUUGAACAAGGGAAGCUUGUCCAUGCCUUGGCUAUUAAAGUUGGGUUUGACAGUAGUCAAUUUGUAUGUGCUGCAUUGAUCGAUACAUAUGGGAAAUGUGGGCAGAUUGCAAAGGCUAGAAUUAUUUUUGAUGAUUUGCCAGAGCUAGAUGUAGCAUCAUCAAACUGUAUGAUCAAUGUAUAUGCACUAAAUGGUCAUGGAGUCGAAGCGCUUAGAAUUUUUGAAAUGAUGAAAGUACAAGGUCUGAAGCCAAAUGAUGCUACAUUUGUUGGAGUUCUUUCCUCUUGUAGUAAUGCAGGGCUUCUUGAUGAAGGACGUCAAGUAUUUUCUUUCAUCACUAACCAUUACGAUAAGGGACCAUCUAUUGACCACUAUGGGUGCAUGGUUGAUCUCCUAGGACGCGCCGGAAAGCUAGAAGAGGCAGAAGGAUUACUAACCAAGAUUAAGAAUCCAGACAAAGUUUUGUGGAGGUCCUUGUUAAGUGCAUGCAAGAUACAUGGGAGACUAGAUUUGGCAAAGAGAGUAGCAAGAAAUAUACUAGAGCUUGAUGCAGGCGAUAAUGGAACCUACAUUCUUAUGUCAAACAUAUAUGCAUCAUUGGGUCAAUGGGAGGAAGUAAUGAGAAUGAAAUCAACAAUUAGAAGAAUUAAAGUGAAGAAAGAUCCAGCUAUGAGUUGGAUUGAGCUAGACAGAGAGUUCCAUUCAUUUAUGGCAGGGGAUAUGGAUCACCCAAAGGCAAAAGAGAUCUAUACAGAAUUGGAGAAGUUGAUUACAAGGACCAAGGAAUUGGGAUAUGUUCCAAAUACAAAGUAUGUGUUGCAAGAAAUGGAUGAAGUGGAAAAGGAGAGAUCAUUGUAUUGCCAUAGUGAGAAGUUAGCUGUGGCUUUUGGGGUCAUGAACAGCCAUGGAAAGUGUCACAAACCCAUUACUAUCUUUAAGAACCUUAGGGUUUGCGGUGACUGUCAUUCUUGGAUAAAGUUGGUAUCUAUCGUAGUGGGUAAACAAAUUAUUGCUAGAGAUUCCAAGAGAUUCCAUCACUUUAAGGAUGGCUUAUGUUCAUGUAAUGAUUAUUGGUGAUAAAGAUCACUUUGAGCUAGUGCAGAUGGUUCAAGUUUUAUCUAACUGAUAAAGAUCAUUAUGGAUUGGAUCGAGUAUCUUCAAGCACUAGCAGCAGCUAUCUCAUUCUGUAAGCCGCUGCAUUGUAAAUGUGACUUGGAAGUUGAGUAAAUUAAGAGAAAAACCAUCCAAACCUCAGAAGGAACGGAGAGUGCAAACUAUAUGAUGAUCAAUUUGGAGCAUGGUACGGCUGCACGGCCAUAGAAAGCAUUUGCAGUAGUCGAGUUACAACUAGUGCUGGAAGACAUCAAUAGCUAGCAAAAGAAACGAGAGGAAGCCACCAGCUUAAGUACCAGCUUAAGUACCAUGAACAAGGAAGUGAAACUUACAGUUGCAGUAGUCGAAAUGCGGGACAAGUUGGCGGGGGUACUAGGGCGAACGAAUCACUUUUUGCGACAUGAACAAGGAAAAUCAUAAAGCUACCAGUAACGGCUACAAAUGCAAGCCUCCAUAGGCAACAGAUUGAAGAAAAAUACUUGGAAACCUUCUGCCCCUAAAGAGCGUCAGUGCUGUUUCUUGCAUCCUCACCUCUAGUCUUCUGA